GUUUUCGUACAAAGAAUGCGUCCUGUGUUGUGCUUGUCCCUUUUAAGAACAAAUAGAAAGUGUAUUUUUCAUAAUAUUUGCAGAAGACAUCUUUCCUUAAGUUGUGUAGCAGUUGGACCUGCACUUGAUGAGAAAGAAGAGCAUGAAGCUUACGAAAUUGGAGAGACAUUCAUCAACAAAACUUUUGGCUACCGAGGAGUGAUAUUUGGACAAAAUCCUGCCACACUUCACAUUACAGAACCACCAGAACAAGGACUAGACAGUAUAAAAACAGGAGGAUUCUUGGGAGGCAGAAAGAAAGAGAAGAAACAUAAAUAUUAUCAUGUAUUGUGUGAUGAGAGAGAUAUUCGCCGGAAUGAUGUUAGUGUACAAAGGACUUAUACUGCAAGUGACGUUACAAACAAAAUGAGUAAAUUUUUAGUCCAUGUAAGAGGUGUUGACUUAGUUCCUCAUGAGGAUAUUCUGCCCUAUCAGAGCACAGAAAAUCCGGUCAUAGACAACAAACUGUUUGCCAAAUGGCAGAACAAUACAGCUGCUUUCAUUGAGGAGAUAAGCACUCUUUCCUUUAUGAGAAUUACCAGUGUCUUUCAAGAAACAACAGAAAAUGUCCGUGUUACUGUGAUGCCAUUUUAUUUAAAGAAGUCGGAAUACGUUCCGGGAUAUUUUAAUUUUAGCAGCAGACAUGCUGAUAAGACUGGGGGGGACAGUGGAGGGAAGCAUUAUUGGCGGUAUGUGAUAAGAAUUGAUAACCUGAGAGAUGAUAUUAUACAAAUUCGGAAUCGUAAAUGGACAACGUUAAGUAUUCCUAACUCUCAACGAUGCUCUCCCUUAUCACAAGGUGUUGUAGGGAUGCAACCUAAGAUUUACCCUGGAAGAACUUUCCAAUACUGGAGUAAUGUAGAACUUGAUGCCCCCAGUGGUGCUAUGUGGGCUACAUAUGGAGUUGAGAAAGAAGAUGGUGGAAUGUUUACAGUCAAAGUACCUCGGGUAAUGCUGGAAUCACGGAAAGAUAAAGACGAUUUUCCCAAUGUAUCCCCACCAGUAGGAAUGGUCUAAUGUGAUGUUGUCAAACUGAUUCUUUAGUGAUUGUAAAACUCGGCCAUUUUUUUAUGCCCCCGAAUCGAAAGAUCCCGGGGGUAUAUUGUUUUUGUCCUGUCUGUCUGUUUGUCUGUCUGUCUGUUGUCAACUUUAACCUUGCCCAUAACUUUUGAUUGGUUAAAGCUAUGACUUUCAUAUUUCACAUGUGUAUUCCUUGUGACAAGACCUUUCUUUGGGUACCGUCAUAUUUGACCUUUUGACCUUGACCUUGGAGUUUGACCCACUUUUGCAAAAUUUUAUGAGACUUUAACCUUGGCCAUAACUUCUGAACAGUUGGUGCUUGGGGUUUCAAACUUCACAUAUAUAUUUUUUGUGACAAGGCCUUCCUUUGGAUACCAACAACUUUAACCUUUUGACCUUGACCUUGGAGUUUAACCUACUUUUGAAAAACUUUAACCUUGGCCAUAACUUUUGAAUGGUUGGAGCUAGGGGUUUCAUACUUCACAUAUGAGAUCCUUGUGACAAGACCUUCCUUUGGACACCAACCACUAUGACCCUUUGACCUUGACCUUGGAGUUUGACCUACUUUUGAAAAACUUUAACCUUGGCCAUAACUUUUGAAUGGUUGGAGCUAGGGCUUUCAUACUUCACAUAUGUAAUCCUUGUGACAAGACCUUUCUUUGGAUACCAUUCACUU